UGAGGAGGAACCUGAGGCGCGGAAAAGUGUCACCCAGCUCUUCUGUGGCUCGGUCAGACCUCGCCUCUUUUCUCAGUUUCUAGGCUGUUUUUUCUCUGAACUCGUUCGCAAAAUGAAAUCUCGUUUCCCAAUAGCCAGGAAGUAAGCCCAGCCCUCGGCAGAAAUGCUGGUAGCAUAGGAAGCAUACUGAACCUACCCGCGAUUCGACUAAGCUUUUUUCUCCGGUUUCCAAGCUUCCAGGAAAUUAGAAAGUGGAGAGGAAAUGUGAAGUUCGUAUAACUACAUCAUCAGAUGGGAAAGUGUACUUAAGCCUGGAGACGAGAGUGGAGACCAAGGGAUUUAAAUUAAAAAAAAAAAAGAAAAGAAAAGCAGAGCUCGGGAAACCAAGAAAGCAAGCACAUCAGCCAUUUAGAAUGAGAACGAAUAGCACUGUUAGUGCCUCAAAAACCUAUCCAUCCAAGGCGCCCUAAGAGCACAGGAUAUUAAAAUCUGCCUUUCCCUUUUCUGGGGAUAGUCCUUGGAAACGCCUGUCAGAAGGAAUAGAAGAUGAACAAAUCCAUAACCCCAUCAACAUAUGUGCGCUGCCUCAAUGUUGGACUAAUUAGGAAGCUGUCAGAUUUUAUUGAUCCUCAAGAGGGAUGGAAGAAGUUAGCUGUGGCUAUUAAAAAACCAUCUGGUGAAGAUAGAUACAAUCAGUUUCACAUAAGGAGAUUUGAAGCAUUACUUCAAACUGGAAAAAGCCCCACUUGUGAAUUACUGUUUGACUGGGGUACCACAAAUUGCACAGUUGGAGAUCUUGUGGAUAUUUUGGUCCAAAAUGAGUUUCUUGCCCCUGCAAGUCUUUUGCUACCAGAUGCUAUUCCCAAAACUGUUAAUACACUACCUUCAAAGGAAGCUAUAACAGUUCAGCAGAAACAAAUGCCUCUCUAUGGCAAGGACAAGACAUCUGUAGUACCUUUGCAGAAUCUUGAGCAGAACUGUAUGUCACCUGACUCCUCCAGUCUAGAAAAUAAAAAUUUAGAAGUGAGCGAUACACGUUUUCACAGCUUCUCAUUUUACGAACUGAAGAAUGUCACAAAUAACUUUGACGAACGACCCCUUUCUGCUGGUGGUAAUAAAAUGGGAGAGGGAGGAUUUGGAAUUGUAUAUAAAGGCUACGUGAACAACAAAACUGUGGCAGUGAAGAAGCUUGCAGCCAUGGUUGACAUUAGUACUGAAGAACUGAAACAACAGUUUGAUCAAGAAAUAAGAGUAAUGGCAAAGUGUCAUCAUGAAAACUUAGUAGAACUGCUUGGUUUUUCUAGUGAUGGUGAUGACCUCUGCUUAGUGUAUGUUUACAUGCCCAACGGAUCAUUGCUUGACAGACUGUCUUGCUUGGAUGGUACUCCACCACUUUCAUGGCACAUGAGAUGCAAGAUUGCUCAGGGUGCAGCUAAUGGCAUCAGUUUUUUACAUGAAAACAAUCAUAUUCAUAGAGAUAUUAAAAGUGCAAAUAUCUUACUAGAUGAAGCCUUUGUAGCCAAAAUAUCUGACUUUGGCCUUGCACGGGCUUCUGAGAAGUUUGCUCAGACAGUCAUGACUAGCAGAAUUGUGGGAACAACAGCUUACAUGGCACCUGAAGCUCUACGAGGGGAAAUAACACCCAAAUCUGACAUCUACAGUUUUGGUGUGGUUUUACUAGAAAUAAUAACUGGGCUUCCAGCUGUGGACGAACACCGUGAACCUCAGUUAUUAUUAGAUAUCAAAGAAGAAAUUGAAGAUGAAGAAAAGACAAUUGAAGAUUAUAUUGAUGUGAAGAUGAAUGAUGCUGAUUCCACUUCAGUUGAAAUUAUGUACUCUGUUGCUAGUCAAUGUCUACAUGAAAAGAAAAAUAAGAGACCAGACAUUAAGAAGGUUCAACAGCUGCUGCUAGAGAUGACAGAUUCAUGAUUUCUUAAAACUUUAUUGGAAUAGACUUUCAACUUUUUAAAUACAGCUAUCAAAACCAUUUGCUAUAAAACUAAAAUUUUUUGUAAACACAAUUCCUUACCUUUAACAAUGCAUCAUGGUGCAGUUCAGUGGUUUUUCGAAGCUCAUAUUGAACCCCAGACAUAUAGAAUAGAUAUAAGUAGAGCCAUGUAGUGCUUGGCCUCACCCUCUUAGUGUCACCCUCACUUCCUACAGUUAUCCCUAAUACUUCUCCUGGGAACUUUAGUGCUUCAUUAAACACAAUUUGAAAACAGGAUUAACAAAAAGAGCACUGGGCUGGUUAGGGCCAAAAUCUUUGGUCUGAAGCCAGACUCCACUACUUAUUCGCUGUGAAGCUUUGGACAAUCUCUUAGCUGCUUGAACCUUUUUUUUUUUUUUUUUCCUUAUAAUAGGACUAAUAUCUGCUUACGCUCUCUGACAGGUAGUCAUGAGACUCAAGUGAUGCAGAAUAGCUAAAGCACUUUGUAAAAUGUAAAGUGUUAUAAAAUUUAAAGUUUAGAAAGCCAGUUAUAAAAUCUAUUAUGGCCAUAUUUUUAUGGGAUCAUGUUCACAGUUUCUAUUUUAAGCAGUCACUCACCACAAACCAAAUUUCCCCUUAUGAUACUCCCAGAAUGAUUUGCCUGUGAUUAGAUUGUUAUGUGGCAAAGGUGAAGGAAUUUUGCAGAUUCAAUUAAGUCCCCAAAACAGCUGUCUUUGAGUUAAUCAAAAGGGGUAUUAUCCUAGCUGGGCCUGACCUACUCAGGUACACCUUCAGAAGAAGUCAGAUUCUCCUGCUGGGCUUGAAGUAGUAAGCUGCCAUGUUGUGAGAGGGCCAUAUUGGCCAGGGCCUUAGAGAACAACUACUCCCAGCCAUCGGCAAGUAAUAAAAAAAAAAAAACAAUGGGGGCUUCAUUUGCACAGCCACAAGGAACUGCAUUCUACCAACA